ACAUCCAUUUCAUUCACUUGUUUACGCUUGUUUAGGACACUUUCCUUUUAUGGACACUGACUGAAUUAAGUUUUUAUGUUAAAUACUUUUCCAGAAAAUGACCAAGUGGUACCAGUUCAAGACUUGGUCAAAGAGAUAAAUGAUCAAAUACGGACUUUCCAGCAAACAAUAAAAAUCGCCAAUGAUGAAGUAACUAAUGAGGAAGUUGUUAUAUUCCUUUCUCUUGGUUAUGACGAUGCAACAAAGGCCCAAGGUGUAUUCUCAGCAGCAGAACUGGAGUUUUUCAGGUUAUUGAUUGAACAGAUAAUGACAACAGAUUCAAGGCAGGUUACUGGUAUUCGUGCUAUCAAUAUUGUGGGAAAUAUGAGGGGCUCUUUUUCGAAGACCGAUGCCCAGAAACUCUUGGACACUUGGUGUAGGAUGCGGUACUUGGACAAAGAUGAGAAUAACUAUGCUCUUGGUGUGAGAGCCAUACAUGAGUUUGAAGGCUAUCUCCGUCAGAACAUGCCAGAUACUAUUGAAGAGUGCUGCUUGUGCAAGCAGAUUGUGUUUAGGGGUUACAAUUGCCCAUCGUGCGGCAUGGCGGUGCACACUCGCUGCCUGAACCGGUACCUGGAGAAGGUGGAGAAGUGGCCGUGCUGCAAGGCUAAUUUUAGUCAGGAACAACUCAGGCUGCUCAGUAGUGAGACUCCCGACAAUCCAGGAACAUCAAAUAGCACAACUAGUGCAGGCGCAGAUCCUCAUGGGAACAAAAAGCUUUCACCAGAAAAGUUCACUCAGAGCCAGGCAUUGUCAGCGACCCAACACUUGCCACCCAUAGACACCGAGAUUGAACCUACAAUUGCUCUAGAGGGAGCUGAAGACACCGAAAUGACAGAAGUCAUACCCGAAGUAUCGCAACGGGUGACGCGGAAGCGGAAGCGAGAGCAUUAAAUGUGGUAUUUGAGUUUUGUUUCCUUUUUAUAUGGUAGAUGCAUCAUAUUAUGGACAUUGUUGACACUCCGUCGGCACAUACAUGAAGAAAAAUCAUUGUAUUGUCAGUACAGUAUGUUAUGCCAUUGCACGUGGAUAGAAGAAGUUCCUAAAUGUCCAAAAGAUUCUGUACAAAAUCACACACAAACUACAUUCUUAUGUGAGUCAUGAAAAAUCUUAACUUCGUUUAAAUUUACGUCGUUGAAACUCAGUUUUUUUAAUCUUUAUUGCUCGGUACUCAUGUAUAAAU